AUGGAAAAUCAGUCAAGAGUUGGUGUCUUUCUUCUGCGUGGAUUCCCUGAUACUGAGGAGUUACAAAUACUUCAUGUCAUAUUUUUUUUAGUAAUUUAUUUGGUGGCCCUCACUGAAAAUCUCAUCAUCAUCACUGUCAUUGUUUGUAGCCAUCAACUCCAUUCACCCAUGUAUGUUUUUCUGGCCAACCUUUCCUUCCAAGAUCUUGGCUCUAUUUCUGUCACAGUUCCCAAGUCCCUGUUGAAUUCCUUGAUGAACACUGAAACUAUUUCUUACUCUGGAUGUCUCUGCCAAGUUUUCUUCUUUGUUUUCUUUGUGAUGUCUCAUCUCUUCCUCCUGGUUGUCAUGGCAUAUGAUCGUUAUGUAGCCAUCUGCAAUCCAUUACAUUAUGAAACAGUAAUGAACAAAAGAGCCUGCAUUCAAAUUAUAACCAGUGCAUGGAUUGGUGGUCUGUUUUAUUCAACACUCUAUAUAGGAAAUUUAGUCACAGUGGAGUUUUGUUCCAAAAUCAUCAAUCAGUUCUUCUGCGAAAUCCCUCAAUUGCUCAAGAUCUCUUGCUCUGAUUCUUAUGUUCCAGAAGAACGGGCACUCAUCCUUGGUUCUUGUGUAGGGUUCAUACUUUUUGCUGUAAUUGUGUUUUCAUAUGUUAAGAUUUUUAGAGCAGUUUUGCAAAUCCCAUCUACCCAAGGGAAGCAAAAAGCCUUCUCUACUUGUUUACCUCAUCUUGUAGUCAUUUGUCUGUUUAUGGUAAGUGGCAAUAUUGCAUACCUGAGACCCACAUCCAGCUCCCCGUCAACAUCAGAUCUCUUGAUUUCUUUGUUCUACAGUGUGGUACCACCACUUAUGAACCCUCUGAUCUAUAGCAUG